AUGUCUUUUGCAGGUACUUUCUCAUACUUAAAUAACAUUAUUUAUGGAGUAACAAUUAACGCCAAUAUGGAUCUCCGGAUCGAAAAACUUGGACAUAUAUCGGGAAUUGCAAAAGUCUACUUUACUGACGCGACCUUGCCCCUUCGUACAAGCAACCCUAUACCUCCUCCACCUGGGUUUGCAAUGGUGGAUUCAAUGUACAAAAAUAAUAUAGCUCCAGAGAAUUAUGGAGUACCAUUCUUCCUUAUUGCGGAAUCACGAGGAUACGAUAUGUCGUUAAAUGGGCAACCCAUUUUCUCUUUAAGAACACAAAUACAAGAAUGUACAAUUCUUAGGGCUGGAAUAUCACAUUUUACGAUACCAUGA